AUGUCUCCUAGUCCGCAAUAUUCGCACGAGUACGCUGACGUGGCUCGUCAUUCCAGAUAUCGAAUUUACGAUUGGAACGACAGGAACACUGCCCUCCGCGAUGGUCAACCAGGAGUGUGGUCAUCACCUCACUUGUCAUUUCGCGGAGCAGUUCGUUCGGACCUCUGCGCUAUGGCUCGGGCCCUCCGGCUUCGCAAUCCUUAUUGCGAACGGCAUCAUAGGCAGCCUCCAGCAUUGGCACGCGGGCGAGUAACCUGUAGGAUACUACAAGGAAGGGAUGGCAGCAGAGUGGUUCUCGCUACGAUCAGACCUCGCUCACUCCAUGGGGCUGAAAGACGAUUAUUCCGCAGGUUCGACGCAAGAUCCUCGGCUGAGACCCCAGACACUGGUCCUUGGCGAUCGAUUGCCCAAACAAAUAGCAACCAUACCGGUGCCCAUGAGGGCCCUGCUUCUGCUGGCAGUUCUGAUGAUCCUGCCGAGGACCAAGAGUCUGUGUCUAUUGUCGAAGAUGGAUAUGUAGAGUACGGACCAGAAGGAUACUCCGGAGGCGCAUUUCAGAUGACAGUAUCUGACGAAGAGAGCGAAAGAGCAGCUGGCAGUCUGGAAGCAUCAGCUUCACUGGACCCACUCGAGCGGGGAACACUUGUUGGUCAACCUGAUGUUGUAUUCCAUGAAGCCGAAAGCUCUCUCGCAAGUCGAUCCAUGCGUCGACUAUGGAUCCACAGACGACGACCUUUUUGGCUCCGGAGAAACAGGAUGGAAGAUGAUGCUGUUCGUUGA